AUGUCCCAGUGCGCGGUGUGCCUCGAGACGUGCGCGGGGAAGUGCGCGGCGCUGGGGACGUGCGGACACGUCUAUCACGUGCGAUGCAUCUCGCGGUGGAUCGAACAGGGGCGCACGAGGGAACGUGGACGGGACGAAAGGGGACGGGGGGACGACGCGACGGCGACGUGUCCGACGUGUAAACGCGCGUUCGAUCAUCGACGCGACGUGGUGACGAUAUAUCUGGACGUUCGACGCGAUGAGGAUGUGGGAGUUGAGGGUGGUGGACGCGAGCUCUCGCGCGGGCGACGGCGGUCGACGAGCGAGGCGGGGGGGGGCGAGGCGGGGCGGUUGGCGGACGUCGCGAGACGAUUGGCGAGCGAACGCGAACGCUCGAGAGCGGCGGAAGACGCGUUGGCGACGGUGGAGCGCGAAUUGAGAGAGUGUAGACGACUGGAGGCGGAGGAUGCCGCGGUUCGGGACGAACUCGGGCGGUUGAGACGGGAGGCGAACGCGCAGAAGCUCGCGCGGACGGCGCUCUCGCGGGAGAAUGGAAAAUUAAAGGAGACGAACGACGCGUUGUCGAGACGAUUGACGGUGUUGGAGGAUAAAGAGCGCGUGGAGCGUGAAAUCUCGAGAUCGAGCGCGUCGUCGUUGGGCGAGCGCGAGAUGUUGAAGCGAUUACAAGGGAGCGACGCGCGGACGGCGAUGACGACGCUCGUGCGCAAUUUGUGCGCGAAGAACAAGCACAUGGCGUCGCAACAAGAGCAGUACGACGCCCUGGUGCGGCGAAUUCGCGACAAGGAGAGCGAAAUAAAGACGCUCGAGUCCAAGGUUGAGGCGUAUCGCGCCGCGGCGAAAUCGAACGAACAGCUCGGCGUCGCGCCCGCGGCGCCCGAGAUUCGCGCGCGCGCGUCGAGCGCGCGCGCGUGGGGAUCGGAAGAUGCGAACGAAUGCACGAUUGAGCGCGCGGGUAAACGCGCGGGGGAAAAGCGCGCGGGUAAAACGCGCGAGAGUCGUCAGCCGUUGCGCAUUGGCGAUGACGCGCUGAUGCGACGACUGGCGCCGGCGAAACCGCCGAGCGACGAACCCAUCGAUUUAGUCCAAGACGACGUCGCCGACGAUGUUUUGGCGGACAUUCUCAACGAGGUGGACGAGCGCGUUGAGCGUAAACGCGCGGCCGCGGCGACGCGCCCGACGGGGGAUCGAUCGACACACGGGACAAAGAAGCGAAAAAUUGCCGGCUCGUUUUUGAAAUCUUCGCCAAAGGCGCCGUCGGCGUCGACGACGGGAACGUUCAUCAAGCACGGCGCCGACGGGCGGGGUGGGCGAGGAAAGUUUUUCGCGACGUAG